GCAGGAGGAGGAGUAAAGCGGUGAUUGUGUAAUUAAAUAAUAAAACAAUCCUUAAGUCUGAUUUGGAGAGAGCUCGAGCGGGGUCCAGAGGGUGGAACCGGUGAAUCUUUCAACUUGCAAGUUUUUCAAGAAAAGAAAGCGAGAGAGGGAGGGGGAAAAGCGCCCAGAACAGAAAAGAGGAGUUUGCAGCUGAGCGGGAUCGAUCGUUUGGGAAUUUUUCAGGAGGUCCUUCUGAUUCUUUCCGUGGGCUGUGGGCAGCGGCACCGGCAGCGGCGUCCACGCUCGGCGGGUCAGACGUGGGGCGCGGCGGGCGGGCGGGCGGCUGUGCAGCGGGGCCCGAGCGCAGCAAAGUCUUUUCCGCCCGGGAGCUCCGCGCUCGCGCCCCCUCCCUCACCCCGGCCUCUCCCUGCUCCCCCCCCUCCCCACCCCCACCCGGCCCUCUCCGGCGCGCGCCCCGCCACCCGCGCGCACUCGCUUGCGCUCCCCCUCGCGCACACACAUGGUCGGCUCGCGGCAAAGUUUCGCCUGCGAUCGCCACUCCCGGAUCCUGCUGCAGUGUUCGAGGCGGUAACCUUGAACUUUCCCAGCGCGGUGACACAUUCUCCUCGCUUUCCCCACCGCCCGGCCUCCUGCGCCCCCCUCCCCGCCUUUUUUUAAAAAAAGCAUUUCAUCAUCCACUACCACCCCAAUCCAACCCAUACCGAACCCUCGAGCAGAGCACCCCAAGCCCCCAACAACAACAACAACAACAACAACAACAACAACAACUGCAAAACAGAAAACAAAUCCCCCAAACCGGGCGACCAGCAGCCUGCACCGGCGGCGGCCUCGGAGAGCUCGGCCGGCGCGCGCGGACCGCAAGAGGGUUAAAACUGUAGAUUGGAUUUCACCCCGGGAAAUCUAGCACGCCGAGUGAACUUGAAUCUUUGGCUAUUUAAGGAGGACUGGGUUUGUUGCGAAGUUGCGGUGAUCCGGCGCAGAGCCCCGUCCUGAUUGAUCGCAUCGCUGGGCUCAGAUGACUGUAAAAUGAAUAGAUGAAAUCCUUGCUUCUCGAAGAUUUUCUUGGGCAUCUCCGGGAAAGUGCGUUUUAAGGCGAAGUCAUGAUGUAUUCUCCCAUCUGUCUCACUCAGGAUGAAUUCCACCCAUUUAUUGAGGCGCUUCUCCCACACGUCCGUGCAAUCGCCUACACUUGGUUCAACCUGCAGGCUCGAAAACGCAAGUACUUUAAAAAGCAUGAGAAACGAAUGUCAAAGGAUGAAGAAAGAGCAGUCAAAGAUGAGCUGCUCAGUGAAAAGCCGGAAAUCAAGCAGAAGUGGGCAUCCAGGCUCCUGGCCAAACUGCGCAAAGAUAUCCGCCAGGAGUACCGGGAGGACUUUGUGCUUACCGUGACUGGCAAGAAGCACCCGUGCUGUGUCUUAUCCAAUCCAGACCAGAAGGGUAAGAUUAGGAGGAUCGACUGCCUGCGACAGGCAGACAAAGUCUGGCGUCUGGAUCUAGUCAUGGUGAUCCUGUUCAAAGGCAUCCCUUUGGAGAGUACCGAUGGCGAACGGCUCAUGAAGUCCCCACACUGCACAAACCCAGCACUUUGUGUCCAGCCACACCACAUCACAGUAUCAGUUAAGGAACUUGACUUGUUUUUGGCAUACUACGUGCAGGAGCAAGAUUCUGGACAAUCAGGAAGUCCAAGCCACAAUGAUCCUGCCAAGAAUCCUCCAGGAUACCUUGAGGACAGUUUUGUAAAAUCCGGAGUCUUCAAUGUAUCAGAGCUUGUGAGGGUAUCCAGAACACCCAUAACCCAGGGAACUGGAGUCAACUUCCCAAUCGGAGAAAUCCCCAGCCAGCCGUACUAUCAUGACAUGAACUCUGGUGUGAACCUGCAGAGGUCGCUGUCUUCUCCACCGAGCAGCAAAAGACCCAAAACUAUAUCCAUAGAUGAAAAUAUGGAGCCAAGUCCUACAGGAGACUUUUAUCCCUCUCCAAAUUCACCAGCUGCUGGAAGUCGAACAUGGCAUGAAAGAGAUCAAGAUAUGUCUUCUCCAACUACAAUGAAGAAGCCCGAGAAACCACUAUUUAGCUCUACAUCUCCACAGGAUUCUUCCCCAAGAUUGAGCACUUUCCCCCAGCACCACCAUCCCGGAAUACCUGGAGUCGCGCACAGUGUCAUCUCCACUCGAACUCCACCUCCACCCUCACCGUUGCCAUUUCCAACGCAAGCUAUCCUUCCUCCAGCCCCAUCAAGCUACUUUUCUCAUCCAACGAUCAGAUAUCCUCCCCACCUGAAUCCUCAGGAUACUCUGAAGAACUAUGUCCCUUCUUAUGACCCAUCCAGUCCUCAAACCAGCCAGCCUAACAGCAGUGGUCAAGUAGUAGGGAAAGUGCCUGGCCAUUUCACUCCUGUCCUGGCACCCUCUCCCCAUCCCAGUGCAGUGCGACCUGUGACUCUGACCAUGACAGACACUAAACCCAUCACUACAUCCCCUGAAGGUGAGGCAGCUUCACCCACAGCAUCCACCUACACAGCCUCAGGCACAUCUCAAGCCAGUCGAUAUGUGGGACUAAACCCAAGAGACCCAUCCUUCCUGCAUCAGCAACAGCUGAGGAUUUGUGACUGGACCAUGAAUCAAAACGGCAGGCAUUUAUACCCCAGUACCAGUGAGGAUACAUUGGGAAUUACUUGGCAAAGUCCUGGUACCUGGGCUAGCUUGGUUCCUUUCCAAGUGUCAAAUAGGACACCCAUCUUACCGGCAAAUGUCCAAAAUUAUGGUUUGAACAUAAUUGGAGAACCUUUCCUUCAGGCGGAGACAAGCAACUGAGGGAGAAGAAACACAACCAUAGUGUAAGAAAAUUAGGGGAAAAAAAAAAAACACUCAAAGCAAAGGAAAAGAAGAAGACUGGACGGACGGGAGGAGGAGAGAAACGGAAGGAAGAAGACGGUAGACCAGCAUUGCAGCACUUACAAUCACUAAUUCCCUUAAGGUUGAAACUAUAAUCACAGGAAAGGGUCGAUGAUCUCUCACUGAUGCAGCCCCUGCAACGUAGCCUUUGUUACAUGAAGUCCGCUGGGAAAUAGAUGUUCUGUCUCUAUGACAAUAUAUUUUAACUGACUUUCUAGAUGCCUUAAUAUUUGCAUGAUAAGCUAGUUUUCUUGGUUAGUAUUCUUGUUGUUUACGCAUGGAGUCACUAUUCCUGGUUAUCUCACCAACGAAGGCUAGGAGGCGGCGUCAGAGGUGCUGGGGACAGAGCCAUGAGCCAGCCAUUUUAUAAGCACUCUGAUUUCUAAAAGUUAAAAAAUAUAUAUAUAAAAUCUCUGUAGCCUUUAGUUAUCCGUACAGAUUUAUUAAAUUUUGGCCCUUAACCCAGCCUUUUCCAGUGUGUAACCCAGUUUGAAAUCUCAAAAAAGAAAAAAAAAAAAAUGAAAAAUAGGAAAAAAAGAAAAAAAAGGUUUGAACUCAAAGGCUCUAUGGAAGAAAUGCCUCUAUGUGGGUAAAGUGUUACCUCUGCAUGCAACAGUAAAAAUUAAUAUAAUAUUUUCCCCACAAAAGAAACACUUAACAGAGGCAAGUGCAAUUUAUAAAUUUAUAUCUAAAGGGGAAUCGUGAUUAUAAGUCCUUCAGCCCUUGGACUCUAAAUUGAGGGGAUUAAAAAGAAUUUAAAAUAAUUUUGAGCGAAUUUAUUUUCCCCUCAGCUUUUGAGGGCAUUUAAAAAGGCAUUAAAUCAAGACAAAUCGUGUGCUUGAACGGAAAAAAGAAAAUGAAUGAAAACACAGCACUUAGGUUGGCUUAGCUGCACCCUCCUCGGAGGUCGAAUUAUUUAUUUAAAGUUACUGGUUGCAUCAAGAACCCAUAGGGUGUACAAAUGGUUCUAUAAAAUCUGCAUCGUAGAGACAAAGAGGCAGGUAAAUCCAUGUCACAAGGGUAAAGCUUCCCGUGUACAGGCUGGGAACUCCAGGGCAUAGGGUAGGAAAACACGCUCUUCAGAGAAGUGCCAUCGGGGUGCUGGAAACGUGCAUGGUGCUUUCAGACAUUAGCCUUGUUCAACACAUUUCUCGUACUGACAGAUUCAUAGUGUGCAUGGGCAGACACAUGUUGCCUCUAUGUCUCUUAAAAUUUUAAUUAAAAGUACUCUUUCCAGAUAUCCUAAUUUGCACGAAGAUAUAAUGUCCACAUUACGUGCCUUGCCUUGAAAUCUAAAAAAACAAAAGACAAAAAAAAAAAAAACCACAAAAGUGACAUCACUACACUUGUUUUGCUGCAUUUAUUAUCGUUUUAAAUCUUUACCAUUUUUAUGACAAAAUAUUUUGUACUCCAGACGAAGAAAAAAAAAAUGUGUGACAUCAUGGAUUUUUUAGACAGUUACACCUUUAUCUCACAUUUAUAAAGCAUAUCAUGGCUGUGUAUAGUUGCCGCUUAAAAAUUGUAAUCGACCAGCAAUAUUUUCAGUAUUUUGGUGUUUUUUCUAUUAACCUUUCAUGUUUUUCAUCUUCCAAUUAAUAUUUGGGGGGAGGGGUUUCAAAUUUAUACGAAUUAUGCAAUACCAAGUUUUGCCUAUGUAGGUAGUGCUUUAGCUGUAUUGGUUAUUAUAGGUAAGUACACAGAUUUAAAAAGAAACAAUGUAUGCUUUUUUGUUUGUUUGUUUAUUUGUUUGUUUGUUUUAAUUGACCAAAGUGGGUACUGCUAUUUUUGCAGUGUGAUGAGGUCCUUUUGUGUACUGAGAGAUGGACAGGGGAUUUUUUUUUAAAUAUAUAUAUAUAUAUAUAUAUAUAUUCUGGGGUGGGUGGGAGGAUUUUUAACACUUUACAGUGUAGCUGUGAAGCAGUGCUCCCUGAGAUGGGCCUGGGCUGCAAAGCGACUGUUCUGCCUACUGUGACAAACUUCAGCUUACACAGGUCCCCCCACCCUUGCUUCCCCACCUGGGGCGCAAGCUGGACUCCUUUCCGGUUUUCCAGCUAAGAAAACAGGGAGGAAAAGGAAGCACAGCGAAGCCUCCUAGAGGCAGACUUGGAAGAACUGCCCUGUCUUAUUUUAGUUGUUGUUGAUGGUUUUUCCUGAAAGUUCUGAAUCCACAGUGGAAAGUGAGCCUGUCUCAUAUUUGGCAAAGACAUUUCUUGAAGUGCCCACAUAGCAGAUGUUGGCUGUUUCACACUUUUGAGUUUAACACAGGAAUAUGCUUUCUUCUAACAAACACGUUCACCCGUCUGGAGGGAGGGUUCCCUGUUCCUUCCCGGCUCCACUUCGUUUUAUUAAUGACAGGAUAUGAUGUUCCUGUGACUCACUACUUCAAGUGGAUGGCAGUGCACUUGGGAUUUUGUUUUUUGACAUUCGGAAAGUUGACUAGAGAGAGGGUUACUCUUAUUGAAUGUAUUUGGACUGAUAGAUUAAAAUCAAAGUUCAGUUUUUAAAGAACAAAAUAAGUAAAUCCUUUUAUUUUACCUGCCCUUGUAAACUGAAAACUGGAGCAGAGAGAAAUAUAGACUUUUAAGCGAUUAAUUUUCCUGUGGAUGAAUUAAGACUAUUUGAUAAUGAUGGGAGGGACUUCUUUUUAAGGGAUAGUACUUCAAAUAUAGAUUUGAGUUAAUUUCCCCUGAGGGCUAGAGGUAAAUGGAGGCCAAUUUUAUUUUGUCUUCCCCAACCUGGCCCUAUUGAGUGUAUUCAUUACUCCAAGGACAUCUUUCAGAAUUAGCGACACACACAGUAGGUUGUCUUGAGGCUCUCCUGACCCCAUACCAUGGCCUAAUAAAAUAGUCACUUGUACACAUAGCAGAUCAUUUCAUAAUGAGUACUUUAGAACAAUGCUCAUAGGCCUGAGAAUUGUAUCUGACUAGUCCAUUCAGUUUGAUGUCCACAUGCUGGAUAUCACAGUGGGAUUCUGGGGCACAGGUUCCAAGGAAGUCCCACUCUAUCUGUGAUACUUACUCUGCAGAUAACAAAUACUCUCAACCAAGCUCUUUAUGUAUUUCUGACCUAUUUAGUGAAGAAUGCAACCAUACAGGACACAGUAUUCUUUCCAGGCAGACUCCUUUCCUGAUUGCCAGUGAAUGAACAAUUCUUGCUAAACGACAUGGCACACUGUGGCAUCCCUGCCCGCCUCUUGGGCACAGAGGCCUGGGGCAAGUGUUUCUUCUUUUUCUAAGUAAUUUUUCUUCUUUCCUUUGGAGAUAAACUUAUUAAAAAGCACUACUAUAGAUAAUCUCAAAUCCACUUUUAGCCUCCUAUUAUUCUUUUUUAAACCAGGAAGUAUAUUCUGACGAAGGGCCCCCCUUUUGCAGAUCUUGCACGCCCCUUCCUUACCCAGACUGCAGAGCUUCAGGAUGGUGAAGGUCACCCAAGGGCAUCUGUAGGGGGUGGCGUCUCCAGCCACCAGCUCGUGGCACUGUCCAGCCUUUGUCGUAUUGCUUUGCAGCCCACCACUCACAGUGCCUCUGAAGUGUGUUUCCCCGGAGUGACGUGAGCAGUCAAGGCUUGCCUAAGGGAAAAAAAAAAAAAAAAAAAAAAAAAAAAACCUGAGAGGCAGUGAAGGAGACUGUACAUAAAGACAUGGCAAAACCUUAAUUAUAGCAAUAUAGUUAUCGGGUAAUGUUCGGGUGGGCAGCUCCAUUUAAAAGUAUGUGAAUGAGUCUGUGAAGCCGCGAGUAGUGAGAAGAACGAGGUCUUCGUAACGAACCGCCUACCUUGUAGACAGUAAUUUGUACACUGUAUAGUUUUGUUGAGAUUUUUUUUUUAAAUUAAAAUUCCCAUGUUUGUAAAGCUAACUUUUUAACAAUUAUAAUGGAACUGUGUGUUGUUUCCAUUUUUAAAGUAAACAAGAAUAUUCCUUGUUUAGAGACUGGACUUGAGUUAAAACUCUCCAGGCUCGUAAGUUAUGUAUUAAAAAAAAAAAAUCUGUCCAUGUUAGGAGCUAUUUCACAGAUUCCUGUGCUUGAAAAGCAUAGGACACUAAUCCUUUUAAAAAAGUGUAAAUGGAGAAAAGUUAUAUUUUAUGAAGGUUAUUUUGUUGUAUUUAGUAUUGGAAAAGUUGGUUUUCAGAGCAUUUCAGAAGGUUGGAAGCGCCACUGUCCUUUAUUAGUAUAUAAGGCCUUUAGAAAACUUUUUUUUUUUUUGUGAUUAUUCCAUGAUGGUAUUUAAGGUUAAGUUUCACAGAGCAUUCAGGAUAGGCAGAAAAGAAAAAUCGUGCUAUGUCUCACAUAACGUGUCCUCAGGGAGCAGAAUCUUGGACUUGUCACUUGUAGCUUCAUAAGGACUCAGCGGAAGAGAUCGCACAGGGACAUCACAAGCAGCAGAGCAGGGCAUGUUCUCUACCUAGACGCAGGUUCCGUGGACUGUGUGAAAGAAUGAAGGCUGCGGAAAGUUACCCCAUAGCAGUGGACAGUAUUCAUUCUCCAGGAGACAACUCUACAGUCUUGCUGGCAGAUAGGCCCCAAGCAUGACAUUCAAUAUAGUUUACAUGUUCCUGUCAAGGUCUUUUGUUAACAUUAACCAGCUGCAUGCUUCCUGGAUUUUAAGA